AAGGAAGACGCGUUACCCACGCGACGUUCAAACAGUCCGGUCCCACUUCACGAGCUGCGCGUGAGCGGCCGUCAUGUCCGGGGCGCUCGCGCGGCUGCUGUUCUACCCGACGCUGGCCUACAACGUGCUGCUGGAGAAACUCACCGAGCGACGCUGGUUCGACCGCGUGGACGAGACCGUGAUCCUGGGGGCGCUGCCCUUCAGGGCCAGCACCACGCAGCUGGUGGAAACAGAAAAUGUCCGCGGGGUCAUCACCAUGAACGAGGACUACGAGACCAGAUACCUCUGCAACUCAGCCGAGGAGUGGCGAGCGGCGGGGGCGGAGCAGCUGAGGCUGAGCACGGUGGACUACACCGGCGUCCCGAGCCUGGAGAACCUGCGGCGCGGCGUGGACUUCGCCCUGCGGCACCGGGAGCGCGGCGGCAGCGUCUACGUCCACUGCAAGGCCGGCCGCUCCCGCAGCGCCACCAUGGCCGCCGCCUACCUCAUCCGGGUGCACUGCUGGACUCCGGAGGAAGCGUGCCGUCAGCUGGCGUCGAUCCGUCCUCACAUCCUGGUGCGCUCCUCUCAGCUGGAGAUGCUGAGGACGUACUACCAGCAGGUGUGCUGCCCCCCGCCCAGCUGAGGGGGGGGGGGGGGACUCGGACUCUUAUCUUCAAACGUUUAUUUUAUUUUUUAAACUCGCAUCCCACAAAAACACCUUCCCCAGA